AUGUCUGAAGUAGCAGAUAAAGUCGAAAAGUUAUCCGUGAAGGAUAAUAAAGGAGCAAGCAAAAAGAAGGAGAAGAAACAAUCGCAACAAUCGAGUUCACCAUUGUACUUGGAACCUCAACCAGCAUUCCUUGAAGAGAGAAUUAAAUUGUUUGAUGAAUUAAAGGCUAAAUAUGAUGCAGAAAUUGCAGCCAAGGAAAAGAAACCUAUCAAGAUCACUUUGAAAGAUGGAAAUGUCAAAGAAGGUACUUCGUACGAGACUUCACCAAUGGAUAUUGCUAACUCUAUUGGUAAAUCUUUUGCUGAGAGACAAGUCAUUUCAAAAGUCAAUGGGAAACUUUGGGAUAUGCCACGUCCCUUGGAAGAAGAUGCUACCUUGGAAUUUUUAGAUUUUGAGCACCCAGAAGGUAAAGCAGUUUUCUGGCAUUCAUCAGCACAUAUUUUGGGAGAAUCUUGUGAAUGCCAUUAUGGAUGUCAUUUGUCUCAUGGUCCUCCAACUGAUGACGGUUUCUUUUACGACAUGUCAAUCAAUGACGGAACUACAUUUGUCAACCAAGCUGAUUUUGGUAGUUUGGAAACCAUUGCGACUAAAGCCAUCAAGGAGAAGCAAAAGUUUGAAAGAUUGGAAAUGACCAAAGAAGAUUUGUUGAAAAUGUUUCACUACAACAAGUACAAAGUUCAGUUCAUCCUGGAUAAGAUUCCCGAUGGCACAUCAACGACCGUAUAUAGAUGUGGUCCAUUGAUUGAUUUGUGUGUUGGUCCACAUAUCCCACAUUCAGGAAGAAUCAAGGCAUUCAAAGUGUUGAAGAAUUCAAGUUCGUAUUUCCUUGGUGAUGCUAAAAAUGAUUCAUUGCAAAGAGUCUACGGUAUUUCAUUCCCUGAUAAGAAGUUAAUGACUGAACAUUUACAAUUUUUGAAGGAAGCUGCUGAAAGAGAUCACAGAAAGAUUGGUCGUGAACAGGAAUUAUUUUUCUUUAGUGAUAUGUCACCUGGCUCGGCAAUGUGGUUACCUCAUGGUACCAGAAUCUACAACACUUUAGUUGAGACUUUGAGAACUGAAUAUAGAAAGAGAGGAUAUGAAGAAGUCAUUACACCAAAUAUGUACGCUACCAAAUUAUGGGAAACUUCUGGUCAUUGGCAAAAUUACAAAGAAAACAUGUUCUCAUUUGAGGUUGAGAAGGAAACCUUUGGGUUAAAGCCAAUGAACUGUUUGAGUGAAGAUAUGAGAAUUCAAACUGAUAGGGGUUUCUUGUCUCUCGAUGAAGUGAAAGAACAAUGGAAGGAUAUUAAAAUUGCUAAUUACGAUCAUGAAACAAAGCAAAUCAAGUACGAAAAAGCCUUGAAUUUCCUUGUGAAGGAUGAGAUGAAUCACAAAAUGGUUGAAUUUUGUGAUUAUGAUAUUACUGCAGGAAGAGGAAAAGCAGGAGGGCGUGAUAUUUCCUUGUUGGUCACUGAAGAUCAUGAUAUGUUUGUUCAAAAAGGUCGCAAAGUCAAAUAUCACACCAUUUAUGAUACGAAUUCUGACAAAGAAGUCGUCCCUUUUCAAAAAAUUCCAGCACGUGAUUUAUUGGAGAAAGGUUUAGGCGUUAGAUUUUUAGCGGCAGCAGAAAACGGUAUUGACGUUAGUGCAGCACCUGCAGCUCCGUAUAAAACUGCGCUUGGAAUUACCGAAAGUCAAAAUUUGGAUUUCUUGGAGCUUUAUGGGUUUUGGUUAGGUGAUGGCUCUAUGGGACAAAACAUGACUUCCGGUAACGACAUAAUUUUCGCUGCAAGAAAAGAAUCGGAUAUUAAGUGGUUGCAUGAUGUAUUCGAGAAAAUGAACUUGCAUAAAGAUUAUUUUAGAGUUAGAGACAGAACUUUGGACAUGGUUGAAUUUCGUGUUUCAGAUUCUAAAUGGAAAUUGUUUUAUAAGGAGUAUGCAGAAAAGUAUGUUUUUUCUGGGGUUUAUGAUAGUAAUAGUCAUCUCAAUACUCCCAAAUCAGGUAAAUGGUUUUCCUCAUGGGUUUGGAACCUUAAUAAAGAGGAAAUGAGGGCCGUGAUUGAAGGAAUUCGCAGAGCUGAUGGUGAUUUUACCACCUACAACAAGAACAUCUAUACUUCGUCCAUCAGAUUCCGUGAUGAAUUGAUUAGAGCUUUGUUGCAUGCAGGGUAUUCCGCUAAAUUCAAUCUUAAGUAUUCCAAGGGAACAAUUCGUGGCUACUCACCAGUUGGUCAAAAAGGGAACCAUAAAAUUGUCAGCCCUAAGGUAUACGAGAAUUUCAAUGAGCUGACAAAGAGAAAGUACACUCCAAUCAAAGCUAAAUAUGAUAAUUGGGUUAUUAAUUAUGCUGAGGAUGGUUCACCAUCUGGAAAACAAUGUGUUCGACCAAAUUUGUAUUCCGAUACUGAAAUUAAGCGUGUUGAUAACUAUGUUGGAAGAGUUUGGUGUGUUACCGUUCCGACUGGAUUGAUUAUUGCACAGAGAGUCCAUCGUGAUGCUGAUAACAACGUUAUUCGUGCUUCAAGACCAAUUGUUGUUGGAAACUGUCCCGGACAUUGUAUUCUCUUCAAGUCAAGAGAACGUUCAUAUCGUGAAUUACCAUGGCGUGUUGCUGAUUUUGGUGUUAUUCACAGAAAUGAAUUUUCUGGUGCGUUAUCUGGCUUAACAAGGGUUCGUCGUUUCCAACAAGAUGAUGCUCAUAUUUUCUGUACCCCCGAUCAAAUUGGUACUGAGAUUGCUGGAGUUUUCGACUUAUUAAAGAAAAUGUACGGAAUCUUUGGUUUUGAAUUCAAGAUGGAAUUGUCAACCAGACCUGAGAAGUAUGUUGGUGAUAUUGAAACUUGGAAUGCAGCUGAAAAGAAGUUGGAAGGUGCUUUGGAUGACUUUUUGGGUAAAGGUAAAUGGGAGUUGAACCCUGGUGAUGGUGCGUUUUAUGGUCCAAAGAUUGAUAUUAUGAUUAGUGAUGCAUUAAAGAGAUGGUUCCAAUGCGCCACUAUUCAACUUGAUUUCCAAUUACCAUCCAGAUUUGAAUUAGAGUACAGAUCUGAAAGCAAUAGUGCUACUGAACGUCCAGUCAUGAUCCACAGAGCCAUCUUAGGAUCAGUGGAAAGAAUGACUGCUAUUUUGACUGAACAUUAUAAAGGUAAAUGGCCAUUCUGGUUGUCACCAAGACAAAUCCUUAUCGUUCCAGUUAGUCCAAAAUACUAUGACUAUGCUGAAAAGUUGAAGAAAUUGUUCAAUGAUGAAUACUUUUUCUAUUGUGAUGUUGAUGUCAGUGGUAAUACAUUGCCAAAGAAGGUUAGAUCUGGUCAAUUGAUGCAAUACAAUUUCAUUUUCAUUGUUGGCGCUGAAGAAGAAGAGAAUUAUGGUGUCAAUAUUCGAAACAGAGAUAUUGCUGAAGAACAAGGAAAGAAUCCAAUGGUUGGUGUUGAUUCAGUUAUCCAACUGUUGGUGAAACUUAGAGAAGAAAAGAGAUCGGAUAAUAAAUUAUAA